AUGGGAAAGAAUUUAUUCACAAUCAAGCCAUCUGACCUCCGAAUCAUUCACUCUGCCAUCGACCUUACACGAGAUCCGCUCUUAACUUCACGGGAGAUACUGGGUCUCCUUGUAGUAUCACAAUCAGUACCUCCGCCAUCCGCCAAAGUCUUCGUUCUGCUCUUUUAUACCGACACCUAUAAAGCCGCGAGGAAGUUCUGGGAACAUGCGGCCUCUGAACUUCGUCGCAAUAUGCAGAACACUACAGAUUUGACCCCGAAAUCCUUGGACGUGUCAGAAAUUCCAUUAGCGACAGGAGCGGACGUGAAAGAUGCACUCCGUCAACAAAUAGCGAACUAUUUUGUCCGUGAUGAAUUGCCUGCCAGUACGCAGACAAACGUUUCUAAGGAUGAUGUGUUCCUUUUCCCGUGCGGAAUGCCAGCGUUGUGGAAUGUGCCCUUUUGGGAAAAUCGUUGUAUUGGCUUUCUGUACACAGACACACUCAAAAUUGUCGACAAAGGUGCCAUAUUCUACGGACACGGACGUGAUUGUGACAUUGAUGACCUAGAUGCUGUGCUCGCAAGAAAAGGAACCGAGAAUCCUUCCACGCUUCCCAUACUUGCUCUCUACACGGACUGUUCAUCGAAACCUCUACUAUUUACCGUGAAUAUACCGCGACUAGGCGCCUUGGUAGACAAAUACGAUUUCUUGGUUGUCAUCGAUGAGACCGUCGGGACCCUAUCAAAGUAUUUGGACGGAUAUGCAACCAUGCUUGGCGGGAGCCUGGUAAUUGAUUCUCACAUGAGACACCAUGCUAUGCUCAGGGUGCACCUGGCGUCGACUUUUGAGGACACCUACUUUACCCCCGAUGCAACCGCGAUGGAAUGGAAUUCGCGCCACUUCUUCGAACGCAUGCACAUUAUAAACGCAAACACUGGGUACAUCUGUGAAUUCCUCCGCGUGCACUCUAUUGAGGGCGAAGCACCCGAAAGUGAAGGCGCGGUUAUCAAGCAAGUGUGGUAUCCCAAGUACAUAACUCCGGAGAACUACCAAAUCUGUCGUCAGCAUCUGCCUGCUGACAAACUAGACCACAAAAUUAGAGGGUAUGGCGGCCUGUUUUCACUCACGUUCACGAGUUUGGACACGUCCCGCGCAUUCUACGAUGUACAAUCUCAACUCCAUUCUCAACGUACUUGGAGAUGUCCAAUACGGCGAGUCCUUGGCACACGUGAAUCAAACGGACGACCUUCCGAGGAAAUAACCUGGGAACAAUCAGGAAGGUGCUAG